ACGUUAAAUAUUAUCGCGUUAGAAUUUAGAAAUUAUUAUGUUAUACAUUAUAACUUAACAGGUUUAAAUUAUAAAUAUUGUAAUAUAUUGCAGGUGUCAUUGGAAAAUUUUGGAGGAGAUGGUAUUGAUUACAGUUUCGUAUUCGAUACAAAAAAAUGGUUUUAUAGUGAUGAGGAUGCUAUUAAUGAUGCAAAAAGUACAACACUUUUGAAUGGUUUCGAUUUGAUUAUUUCGAAACACACAAAAGGAGGAAGGGUGAAGAUCUUGAAGUGCAAACGAGGCGAACAUUAUAAAGGCAAAAACGUAUAUAUAAAUAAAGUUGUUUCUAGACGUACAAAAAAGAAAGCGUGCGGGUGUCAAUUUGAGAUAAAAGUAAAACAGGUGGCAGAAACGACGUCCUGGAUGAUCCACACGAGUCAAGACGAAAAGAAGGGAUUCCAUAAUCAUUCAUUUGUUGUGUAUCCUGAGGGUCAUCGACAGGUGAGCGGCAUCAUCCAGUCAACAAAAAAGAUUAUUCGUGAUAUGACUGUUGCGCAGACGAAACCAGAACAUAUUUUGGUCGCUGUCAAGGAAAAAAAUCUGGGAGACCACGCUAAUCGACGACAUAUAUAUAACUAUAGAGAAAAGUUGCGUAGGGAAAGUUUCGUGGGCAGAGACGUUACUACCCAGCUUCUACAUUUGACUACGAGCAGCAGCUAUAUAGUUUAUAUAAAUGUCGAUCUGGACACGAAUGCGCUGACACACAUAUUCAUGGCCUAUUCUGAUUUAGUUAGUCUAUUCCAGACAUAUUACUGGUAUGUCGGCAUAGAUUCCACCUACAAAACCAACAUGUAU